AUGACAGCUGACUACACCAUCUAUUAUGCCCCAACUCCAAAUGGGAAGAAGAUCACCCUUGCCGCUGAAGAGAUGGGUCUUAACUACAAAGUGGAGCCCGUCCGAUUCAGCAGCAAGGAUCAAUUCAAGCCCGAGUUCCUGAAGAUCAAUCCUAACAGCAAGAUUCCCGCUUUAGUAGACCACACCGCCACGGGCGGUGAUCUAGCGGUCUUUGAGUCAGGGGCCAUUCUUGAAUACUUGGCUGAGAAGACUGGCAAACUUCUGCCGCCGGCGUCGGACAUUCGUAGGCGCACUGCAGUCAAACAAUGGCUUUAUUGGCAAAUGGCAGGCUUCGGACCUAUGCUCGGACAAGCCGGCUUUUUCUUCAAGUUUGCCAAGGAAGAUAUUCCUGCCGGGAAAGAAAGAUACUUGAACGAAUCAAUUCGCCUGUUUGGCGUGCUUGAUAAGCAGCUGUCCGAGAACAAAUUUGUUGCGGGAGAUGAGUACUCAAUCGCCGAUAUAUCCAUCUACUGGUGGUCCAUUGCCGUAUAUGAUGUUGAUGAAAUCAAGGAACAUUUCGAGAAGUUUGAGAAUGUUAAGAGAUGGCAGAAGAAGGUUGCAGCACGGCCUGCUGUUGAGAAGGCGAAAGCCGUCGAAUUUUGA